GCCAUGUCGGUGAGGUUGCGGUUCCUGUCCUCUGGGGACGCGGGGGCCGUGGGGGUCGUGGGCCGGAGCGCCUCCUUCGCGGGCUUCAGCAGUGCUCAGAGCCGGAGGACCGCAAAGUCCACCCACGGGAACUCCGUGAGAUCGCGAAUGCCCACCAGGUCCUCCAAGACGUAUGGCACGCUGCGGAAGGGGGCUGUCUGCCCGGACCCCAAGCCGCAGCAAGUGAAGAGGGUCUUCAAAGCUCUCAAGAGAGGCCUCAAGGAGUAUCUGUGCGUCCAGCAGGCCGAGCUGGAUUACCUGUCAGGGCGCCACACGGACACCAGCAGGAACUCCAGGCUGGCUUUCUAUUACGACCUGGACAAGCAAACGCGCUCUGUGGAAAGGCACAUCCGGAAGAUGGAGUUUCACAUCAGCAAGGUGGACGAACUCUACGAGGGCUACUGCAUCCAGUGCCGCCUGCGGGACGGGGCCGCCAACAUGCAGAGGGCCUUCUCCCGGUGCCCGGCCAGCCGCGCCUCCCGGGAGAGCCUGCAGGAGCUGGGCCGCAGCCUGCAGGAGUGCGCCGAGGACAUGUGGCUCAUCGAGGCGGCCCUGGAGGUUCACCUGGGAGAGUUCCACAUCAGGAUGAAAGGCUUGGUGGGCUACGCACGCCUCUGUCCCGGAGACCAGUACGAGGUGCUCAUGCGCCUGGGCCGCCAGCGCUGGAAGCUGAAGGGCAGGAUCGAGUCUGACGACAGCCAGAACUGGGAGGAGGAGGAAAAGGCCUUCACCCCCACGCUGCACGAGAACUUCGAGAUCAAGGUGACAGAGCUGAGGGGCCUGAGCUCGAUGGCCGUGGGCACAGUGACCUGUGACAUCACUGACUUCUUCACCACCAGGCCGCAGGUGAUCGUGGUGGACAUCACAGAGCUGGGCACCAUCAAGCUGCAGCUGGAGGUGCUGUGGAACCCGUUCGAUACUGAGAGCUUCCUGGUGUCGCCCAGCCCUACGGGCAAGUUCUCCAUGGGCAGCAGAAAGGGCUCCUUGUACAACUGGACGCCCCCCAGCACCCCCAGCUUCCGAGAGAGGUACUACCUGUCUGUCCUGCAGCAGCCGGCACAGCAGGCUCUGCUGCUGGGCGGCCCGAGGGGCGCCCCCAUCCUCAGCCACCAGUCCGACAGCGACCUGCGGGGGCCCGGCCCGCGGAGCCAGAGUCAGGAGCCGCCCGAGAUGGACUCCUUCAGCUCCGAGGAGCCUCGAGACGCCGAGACCAGCACGUCAGCGUCUGCCUCAGACGUGGGCUUCCUGCCCUUGGCCGUGGGCCCCAGCACCCCCAUCGAAGAGGAGACCCCCCCAUCCCUGGGCCUCGGGCUGGAGAUGGCCCACCUGGCGGGUGGCUCGUUUGUGGAGCAGCCUGGCUGGAGGGAUCUGGGAGCAGAGGUCCCCAACCUGCCGCGGGGCCCCCCCUUCCACAGCCACUCGGUCCCGGGCCGCCAGAGAGACGGCGAUGAAGGAGGAGCCGAGGACAGAGUGGACGGGCCGCUGCAAGAGGUCCUGGAUUUACUGCGGUCCGUGGACACGGCCCCGCCGCAGCUCCGCGAGCUGGAGUACCAGGUCCUCAGCUUCAGGGACCGGCUGAAGCCCCGCGGUGCCCACCGGGAGCACGCCUGUGUAGACAGCCUGAUGGAGUGCGUCCUGGAGAGCUUCGCCUUCCUCAGCGCCGACCUCGCCCCGCAGGCGCUGCCCUUAUGUGGGGGCGGCCGGGGCCCCCGAAAGGACAGGAGCCCGCCCCCGCCGCCACGCAAGGCGUCAUCGCAGGAGCUGACGGCCGGCACCCCGGAGCUGGACACAUUGCUCAGGGUGCACCUCCAAGUCUGCAGAACCCUGCUGCAGAAACUGGCCUCUCCGGGUCUGUCAACGGUGGUCCAGGAGUGCCUCCUGGAAGAAGCUGUGCAGCAAAAACAGGUUCUGGAGACGCUCUCUGUGCUGGAUUUUGAGAAGGUCAGCAAGGCAGCCUCCAUUGAAGACAUUGUCCCCCAGGCCACGCGGAGGAAGGGGUGCCUGAAGCUGUGGAGAGGGUGCACUGAGCCCGGCAGGGUCCUGUCCUGUCCCGCCACGACGCUGCUGAACCAGCUCAAGAAGGCGUUCCUGCACAGGGUCCGGGGGAAAUACCCGGGGCAACUGGAAAUAGCGUGCCGGAGGCUCCUGGAGCAGGUGGUCAGCUGUGGGGGGCUGCUCCCCGGAGCCGGGCUCCCCGCAGAGCACACAGUCACCUGGUUCCAGUUUCACAGCUACCUGCAGAGGCGGGGGGUGUCCGACCUGGAGAAGCACUUUGCCCAGCUCACCAAGGAAGUGACACUCAUCGAGGAGCUGCAGGGCGCGGGGCAGCUCAAGGCGGUCCGGAAGCUGCGGGGGAAGCGGCUGGGCCGGCUCCAGCCCCUGCCCCAGACGUUACGGGCCUGGGCGCUGCUGCAGCUUGACGGGCCCCCCCGGGCGUGCAGGGCGGCUAGCGCCCGCCUGGCCAGCGCGGCCCGGAACAAGAGCUUUCGGGAAAAGGCUCUGCUCUUCUAUACCAACGCCCUGACGGAGAACGAUGCAAAACUCCAGCGGGCCGCGUGUGUGGCGCUCAGACACCUCAGGGGGAUUGAGAGCAUCGACCAGAUCGCCAGCCUGUGCCAGUCUGACCUGGAGGCCGUGCGAACAGCAGCCCGGGAAGCCACGCUGUCGUUCGGUGAGAAAGGACGCUUAGCUUUCGAGAAGAUGGACAAACUCUACUUGGAACCAAGAGGAGAUGCCUUUUGCCAGGAAGCGGAUAUUGAAAUCACUGUAUUUUAAGAAGCCCCAGCCGAUGAGCUCAAACCUGGCAUCUUUUGUUUUUGCUGCUGCUCAGCCCUGACACAGGGCCCGAGCUCUGGGUCGGGUACGCGGCGUGCUCCCCACUGUGUGAGCUGCCCGGAGCUGGUCCCUCAGUCUCCAGACCAGUUACACAGCCCAGGGGCACAUGAGGCUUUCCGCACAGGAGCAGGGAAACGGAUGCACAGCACUUUGAAGACUGGCGGACUUUAAUCCGACGACCAGCUUCAGGUUUUGAGAACCUGUCCGACCCUCCCAGGCCAGCCGCACUCUCAAGGGGCCAAGGCCAGGCAGGUUGGGGCCUGGAAUAGGUCUCCCUGCGGGUCGGCCUGCUCGGCACUUCUGAUUCAAUACAGCUCGGGAGUGAGGAGGCCAAAGCAGGCAGACUGACCUUGCUGAGAACGCGGAGGGUCAUUUCCACGGCAGCAAGCGGUCCCCUGGGCAAGCCGGGGAAGGCGGGGAGACAGGCCGCCAGCGGUGCCACGCGUCACACUUAGCCUGAGCGGUAGCCCAAAUGCCAGCAUGGGGCCUGGCGGCGGCCUGCACACCACAAGCCUGAUCUCUACUGUGCUCAGCAGCACUGAGAACCUGCCAUUGGCCAGGAAAGCUUGUGUCAGGUCAGGAGACGCGCUCACUGUGACCUCACUAAUCCAAGUGGAAUCAAACUUGGGAAUGCCAGUCACCUUAAGGCCACUCAAGUAAGUUGUGUCAGAAGCCAUCAGCUGGUCUGAAGAAGGAUUUCACUGCAGAAUGUGUUUAAAGAAAGAUUUGUUUCUUACUUAAGCGUGUUAAAAAAAACCCUCACGUCUGUGUGUCCUGAACCAUUUUCGUGUCAAGCUGCAGAGACAACGUGGGGUGUGUAACUCCUGACAAUGGUACUGGGGAUUCUGGAACUUCAACCUUCUCAUGUAAACUUCCUGUAUAUAUUCUGUGCUUUUCGGUUUAACUUCGUAUUUAUUUGCCUCGUUCCUAUGUUCAGUUUUCAAUUAAAACGAC